AUGGCUCUUCUCCCUGCAAUUCGCACCAUCACCACCCAUUUUUUCAAACCUAAAACCCUAAACCCUUCCCUUUUACCACUCUUCGAAAAACCCACUAUUAAGAAUCUUUCCUCUCUCUCCAAACCCAAAACCCUCUCAAAGCCCCAUGCCUCUCCCAAUUCAGAACUUGUCAACAGUAAAGACCAGCGCUUUAUGGGUCUGAAAGGUACUAGUGACAAUUCUAGUUCUACUACUAUUGCAGCCAUUGUUACCUCCGUGGGUGGUCCACCUGCUGCCGUGGGGAUUGUCAGGUUAUCUGGUCCAUCCGCUGUCGACAUUGCUGCACGUGUGUUUAAACCAAUGAGAAAAAAAAAGAAAAAGAAGACCCAAUGUUUUUUUGUCUGGAAACCUACUAGUCAUGUUGUGGAUUACGGGGUGGUUUUGGAUCAUCAAGGGAAUGUAGUUGAUGAGGUUUUAGUUGUACCUAUGUUGGCUCCAAGAUCUUAUACUAGAGAAGACGUGGUUGAGCUUCAGUGUCAUGGGAACGAAGUCUGUCUUCGUCGUGUGCUGAGAGCUUGUUUAGAAGCUGGAGCCAGGCUUGCGGAACCAGGCGAGUUUACUCUACGUGCAUUUUUAAAUGGCCGCCUGGACCUUUCGCAAGCUGAAAAUGUUGGAAAGCUAAUAUCAUCCAAAUCCGUGGCUGCUGCAGAUGCAGCACUGGCUGGAAUCCAGGGAGGCUUUGCUUCUUUGGUAAAAUCAUUAAGAACGCUAUGCAUUGAGCUGCUUACUGAGAUUGAAGCUCGUUUAGACUUUGAUGAUGAGAUGGCACCACUAGAUUUUAAUUUAAUUAUGGAUAAAAUACAUGCCAUGUCAGAAAAUGUGGAGAAUGCACUCGAGACAGCCAAUUAUGACAAGCUUUUGCAAUCUGGAUUACAGAUAGCAAUUGUUGGCCGUCCUAAUGUUGGGAAGUCCAGCCUCCUUAAUGCAUGGAGUAAAAGUGAGCGGGCAAUAGUUACAGAAAUUGCUGGAACCACCCGUGACAUUGUUGAAGCCAGUAUUACAGUUGGUGGCAUCCCUGUGAUCCUUCUUGAUACUGCUGGGAUCAGGGUGACUGAUGAUGUCGUCGAGAAGAUUGGCGUAGAAAGAUCUGAAGCAGCUGCCAUGGGUGCUGAUGUCAUUGUUAUGACAGUUAGUGCUCUUGAUGGAUGGACUCCAGAAGAUACCGAACUUUUCAAUAGGAUUGUAUCUAAGAAGAAAGCAGUUGGCUCUUUAACACCCAUGAUCCUUGUAGUUAACAAAAUAGACUGCUCUCCAUCCUUGUGUUCAGAAUGGAUUGAUAGGGGUGGUGAUUCUUUCAGUAAGCAUGUAUUCACCUGUGCUAUUACUGGUCAAGGAAUCCAAGAUUUGGAGAUGGCAAUUUCAGAGAUCGUGGGUCUGAGCAGAAUUCCUGCAGGGGGACUCAAAUGGACUGUCAACCAGAGGCAAUGUGAGCAGCUUGUGCGGACCAAGGAAGCUCUUGUAAGGUUGAAGUCUUCAAUAGAGGAACAAUUGCCUUUGGACUUCUGGACUAUUGAUUUGAGGGAUGCUGCUUUGGCCCUCGGGCAGAUAAGUGGAGAAGACAUCUCUGAAGAGGUUUUGUCUAAUAUUUUUAGCAAAUUCUGUAUUGGCUUUGCGCAAAAUGUGUUUUACUAUCAAAGAGAACUGAUUGAGGAGGAGCUGAAGGAGAAAGAGAAGGGACGUAAAGCAAAGAAGGAGAAAGAAAGGAAGGAAGAGAAAAGACGUAAAGCUAAGGAGGAGGAGAAAGAUACGGAAGGAAGAGAAAAGUAA